GUUAACAUUAAUGAAAACUAAACAAGAGAGGAUUUUACUAUAGGAGAAAUAAAGGAAAACUAUUUUUCAAAAUGGUCAUCAGCAAUGUUUUGUUACCUUUCUUGGAGCAAACAGGGUUACCAUUUAUCAAGAAAGAUGCAAACUUCGAUGAAGUUCAGGUAAAAGAAUUUCCAAGAAUUCUGGCCUUUCAUUUUCCAGGAAAAGGGAUUUUGAGGUAAGUGAAAUGAGUCAGUAUAUCAAUAUCAACCACAAAAGAAUCGUACGAACUUCGAACUCUACUACCAUGGUCUUCACCAUAACAAAGUCUUAUGUAGUGUAUAAAUAGUAAAAGAGUUAAGAAAGUAACAGAAGAUAUGGCAGAGAUGGAGUAUUCUCCAUUGUUUGAGACAAAGAGGGCCAAAGGAAGAGUCUUUUACAAGGUUUUUUCUUUGUCAUUGUUUGUGGGGAUUUGCUUCAUCUGGGUUUUCAGAGUGAGUCACAUACCCAGAGAAAGUGAAGAUGGGAAAUGGGGUUGGAUUGGCUUGUUUUUUGCUGAACUAUGGUUUGGUCUUUAUUGGCUUCUCAGACACCCCUUCAGAUGGAAUCCUCUCUUCAGGGAACCUUUCAGACAAAGGCUAUCUCAAAGAUAUGAGAAGGUGUUACCAAAAGUGGACAUCUUUGUGUGCACAGCAGAUCCAGAAAUUGAGCCACCAGUGAUGGUUAUUAACACAGUGCUAUCACUUAUGGCUUAUGAUUAUCCACCACACAAACUCAGUGUGUAUCUUUCAGAUGAUGCUGCUUCAGAUAUUACCUUCUAUGCUCUCUUAGAAGCUUCCACCUUUGCAAAACAAUGGCUUCCAUUCUGCAGGAAUUUCAAGGUGGAUCCCACCUCACCAUCUGCUUAUUUCAAAACUAUUCACUCGUCUACUCACCCAAAUGCUCAUGCCAAUGAGUUGCUCACCAUCAAGAAAUUGUACCAAGAUAUGGAAAGUCGAAUAGAAAAUGCUGCAAAGAUGGGUAGAGUACCAAAAGAAGUACACUCAAAGCAUAAAGGGUUUUCACAGUGGGAUUCAUAUUCCUCUCGAAGAGACCAUGACACAAUUCUUCAAAUAUUACUACAUGAAAAGGACUCGAUUGCCAAAGAUGUAGAUGGGAAUGUUAUGCCCCUAUUGGUAUAUUUGGCUCGUGAGAAGAGACCUCAAGUUGCACAUAAUUUCAAAGCUGGAGCCAUGAAUUCAUUGAUAAGAGUGUCAUCAAUGAUUAGCAACAGGGAAAUUAUCCUUAAUGUAGAUUGUGACAUGUACUCAAACAAUUCUCAAUCUCUAAGGGAUGCUCUCUGCUUCUUAAUGGACGAAGAUAAGGGUCAUGAGAUUGCUUAUGUGCAGACUCCACAGUGUUUUGAGAAUAUAACGAAGAAUGAUCUAUAUGGUGGUGCUCUACGAGUAGUUUAUGAGGUGGAUUUCCAUGGUUUGGAUUCACUUGGCGGGCCUUUGUAUAUUGGAACUGGCUGCUUUCACAGAAGAGAGAUACUGUGUGGGAGAAAGCUCAGUCACCGAUACAAGAAAGAUUGGAAUGAAUACAAAAAUAUUGGUGAUAUGAAAGAAGCAAGCUUGGAUGAACGGGAAGAACAAUCAAAGGCUCUUGCUAGUUGUACCUUUGAGAAAAACACUUUAUGGGGAAAAGAGAUGGGACUGCUAUAUGGUUGUUCAUUAGAGGAUGUUAUGACAGGAUUGUCUAUUAAAUGCAGAGGAUGGAAAUCAGUGUUCUAUAAUCCUCAAAAGAGAGCAUUCUUAGGUGUAGCUCCAAACACCUUGCCACAAGCACUAGUUCAGCAUAAGAGAUGGUCUGAAGGAUGCUUUCAAAUUUUGCUUUCCAAGCACAGUCCUGCAUGGUAUGCUUAUGGAUUCAUCAGUCCAGGCCUCCAAAUGGCAUAUUGUUACUAUAACCUAUGGGUGUUUUUAAGUUGGCCAACUCUAUAUUAUUGCAUCAUCCCUUCACUCUAUCUCCUCAAAGGCAUUCCCUUGUUUCCACAGAUGUCAAGUCCAUGGUUCAUACCUUUUGCAUAUGUGAUUCUUGGCGAUUCCUCUUAUUGCUUGAUGGAGUUUUUGUGGUCAGGAGGCACGAUAAAGGGUUGGUGGAAUGAGCUACGGAUAUGGCUGUACAAGAGAACAAGCUCUUACGUCUUUGCUUUUGUUGAUACGAUCUUGAAGUGUUUUGGCUUUCAAGAAUCAAGCUUUGUAGUAUCUGCAAAGGUAGCAGAAGAAGAAGUUUCCCAACGAUAUGAGAAAGAAAUCAUGGAGUUUGGAAACCCAUCCCCAAUGCUCACUCUGCUAGCAACACUUGCAUUGCUCAAUUUGUUUUGCCUUCUUGGCAUGUUCUUCAAGCAAGUGUUCAUCAAUGAAGAGGGUCUCAGAAUUUUUGAUGCAAUGGGAUUGCAAGUUCUUCUUAGUGGGGUUUUGGUUCUCAUCAAUCUACCUGUGUACCAAGGACUCUUCCUAAGAAAAGAUGAGGGAAGAUUACCAAAUUCCGUUGCAGCAAAAUCCACAGGAUUGGCUCUAGCUGCAUGUGCCUUCUUUAUUUCCCUUAGUUAAGAUGUUUCAUAUUUUCAGUUUUAGUUUUCAUGUUCUUGAUUUUUACAAAGUUCUACUUUUUACUGAAAUAAUUUAGAAAAUGUGUACCCUAAUCAUGACAAUUCACCAGUAGUGUUGUGCCUUUUUAUUCAAGUGAUGAACAAUUUGACCUUUUUUA